CUUCAAACAAGACUUUUUGUUUCUUUCUUUCAUACAGGAAGACGAAUCGGCAUAUAUCUCAAAUCUCUAACAUUGAACUUUACCACUCAUUGAUAGCGACGAAUCUCUAAUCACCAUGGCCUUCACAGUCUUGUCAGACAACAACGUGAAGCAACUCUUCCAGGGCUUCGGCCCGGAAGACGUAGCCCUCAUGUCAGACGUCCUCACCGACGCCUUCCUCUCCUACUCCGUCGGCGCCGAAGCGCAGUAUCAGCCCCACCGCGCCGCCGUCGUCAGGCCCGACGGCACCACCGGCCUCUUCAUGCCGGCCACGAUGGAAGGCGGCAUGUCAGUCAAGGUCGUGGGUCUCCCACCGCCGAACUCCGCGGUAUCUGACCUCCGAUGCGUCCUCACAAUCUGCGACGGCACCGGCAAGGCCGUGGGAAUCAUCAAUGCCGAGGAGCUGACGGCGUUCCGGACCUCGCUCGGCUCUAUUUUGCUGUACAGGUACCGCAAGGCGACGGCCAAUAUCGUCGUCUUUGGCGCAGGAAAGCAGGCGCAGUGGCAUCUCCGACUCGCUCUCGUCCUCCGCGGCAAGGACAUUAAGACCAUCACCAUCGUGAACCGCUCAAAGGAGCGCCCGGCGAAGCUCAUUGAACGGCUCCAGGCCAUGAGCAAGGCCAGCGGCGUGGGCAACACCGACUCAGUCACUUUCACUGUAAUCGAGGCCACGCCAGACAGCGCGCCAGGCAACUCCGAGCUGCGCACCGCUGUCGAGGAGAGCGACGUGAUCUUCUGCACUACGCCGUCCACACAACGCAUAUUCCCGGCCGAGUGGUUGACCUCGGAACGCGGCUCGGCCAAGACCCGGUAUAUCUCGGCCAUUGGGUCAUACAAGCUCAAUAUGAAGGAGCUUGACCCUGACUUUCUGCGUGCCGUCAUCGACACACCCCUCGGAACUUUUACUUCUGCGGAUGGCGAGGCCAAGAAGGACGGCGUCAUCUUUGUGGACAGCCGCGAGGCCUGUUUCUUGGAGGCCGGCGAGCUGGUGGAGGCCAAGGUCCCCGCUGAGAAGAUUAUCGAGGUCGGAGAGUUUACUGAUACGCUCCGCAAGGCGGAUGAGGGUGAGGCGGGGGUGCUGAGGGAGUGGCUUGAGAAGGGGUUGAUUGUGUAUAAGAGUGUCGGUAUUGGUAUCAUGGACUUGUCUCUGGGCAAGGUCAUUCUCGAGCUGGCGGCCAAGCAUAAGAUUGGCACGAUAUUGCAAGAGUUUUAAGUCCUUAUUGCAGUUAUGUAGUAAGAUCAAGAAUAAAUAGAGGCUUACUGGAGGUAUGUCAAGGUCAAACGCGUCAUGUUUGUCAACCUUGCUGAUUUCGCUCUAGGAGGGAACUUGUAGCCCCAUUGUAAAAUCCGGAAUGAGUACAGUGCAGAAGAGGGCUAAAGGUCGAUAAAUGCCUUGAGUAAUACAAUACCACCACCUCUUUUUUCCUUGC